AUGGCGAACACCGUACUCGCUUGCCGAUGGCCUGGUGCUGACUUAAGCGCAGGAGCGGCAAUGUGUCCGUUGGCUGACAGCCACUGCCAAGCUGCGGAGGGCGUGCUUCCAUCAAUCGCUGAUUUACUGCUCAAUGUUCUUAGCUACCUGAGAGCUGCCUCGCUGAGCCAGCUCCUGUAUUCUUCACAUGAGGCAGAGUUAUGGGUGCGGAUGUACUUGCCAGCUUUAGUGGACAAGCGUGGAUGGGGGAACGCCGACUUGAGCGCCAACCCACUGUCCACGCUCCACCUGUCGGAGAUGUGGGACGUUUUGGCAAACGUAUGCUCUCCUAUAGGCGUGAACUUCAUGCUGUUGCGGCACACAUUCUACGGAACCAUGCUGGAGCUGCAGCUUUCUCCAGGUUCAACACUGGCUCAUUUCAAUUUUCGAGCCAGUGACGAGGCAACGCCCAUGUGGUGUCGGGGUAGUUUCGCCGUUCGAGGUGCCUUGCAGUGUGGCAAGUGGACCGAUGAGUUGCGGCAGCGCCCCCGCAGAGCGCCAAUCACACAGGAUUCCUUGGCCCAACAAAGCUCUUAUCGAGUCGAACAUUGUGGCGACAGGUUCGUUCUCCGACCUGCAUGCAAGCGGUGGACAGAGGCUCGUCCGCAGCUGCAGCUAACGAAACGAGGUUUCAUUGCCAUCGCUGCGGAAGGCGGCGGUAUCAUCGUUGAGGAUGGGCAGCCGCCGCGUCGUAUUGAGGCCGACGCCCCAGAGGCUCCUUGCUAG